GUUGAAGAGAGAGAGAGAGAGAGAGGGAGAGGUAACAAAAGCAUGUGCUUGGCAACGUUUGUUUUGAUGUCGCCUCGUUGUCCGCUUUCAUUUAUUCACGUCAAUGCAAUAUCACCACUAUAUCAUCAACAAUAAACUAUGUUCAUUGCUAAAUAGAAAAGCAGUAAUGAUUACGACCCAAAAGAACAGUAGCUAGUGUAGACACAACACAUAAUUGAAUGUUUAUAUUAGCAACACGUUGUUACACAAUAUAUAUACAUAAUUCACUAUAAUAAUAAUAAUAUUAUUAUUAUUAUUUAGUCACUGUUACGUUAUUAACAAAAAGUUUGCCAUAGUAAAUACCAAUAUCGAUAUGGUAUCUUCUGAUGACAUAUUUAAGACAUCUCAGUUACUGAUAAUAAUCUUCUGGAUUAUCUUUAAUUCUCAAGUUCAAUGUCACAAACUACCACCUGAUUCCAGUUCGGAACUUCUUCCAAGUUACUCUUUACCAAGUUCUCUAUUUACAAUAUUUGACAAGUCAAAAGAUGACAGAACAUCUGGUAUAUUGAUGUAUUUCAAAGAUGAUGCUUCAUCAGUCGAAACUUCAGUGAAUUUGUUUUCUAGUUUUACACAAGCUCAAACCAAAUCAUUCCUUCAGCAAUAUCAACUUGAAGUUCUUCUUAGUCCUUCUAGUUCUUCUUAUUUCCAGUCUAGUUCAUCUAUUUUACUUUCCUCAAAUAAUUUACAAACCAAUGGGCCCUCAAUUUCUUUGGCAUCGUCUUUAGUUACAGCUUGUCUUUCAAUUUCUAUGUUUAACAGUCUUACUGCCAAUAUUGAAGACCCUAAUAAUUUACAUUCCAUUGGAAUAUCACAAACUGAAUUUGUAUCUGAAGGUGACAGCUCCAUUUCAGAUAUGUUUAAUCCAUAUUUCCAACCACUUGAUAACUUUUUUCCUGUAUCUAAUUCCUUGUUACUGGAUUCAACUAGCCAAAUAUUGAAAUCUAUUUUAGCACUAGAAAAUUUAAAUGAUUCUAUGGCAUUAGAAAACUUUCCUGUUCUCAAAAUGAAACCAUUAAUGAAGGAGCAGAACAUCAACCAAAGUAAAUUUGAUUCACAGAUCUAUACCAUUUCUACUGGAGUCAGUUCUUUAAAUAUUAACAGCAGACUAUUGAAUAUAAAUACUAGUUAUGUAUAUAGUUUUAAACAACAGCCACACACUCAAAUUAAUUCAGACUCUCCAUUUGAUGAAAUGAUGUCAGAAUCACAAAUAUUUUCAUCAUCAUUUGCUUUGAAAUCAUCACAGCCUUAUAUAUCCCCUAUUUUUCAAACUACAAGUAAACUUCUCUCAGAGACGCAAACUCGAUCAGAUUUUGAUCUUAAUGCAAAACAAUAUUUUACUCAGAAGAAUUUUUAUUCUUUAUCUACAUUGAAAGAUCUUAUAACCAAAAAGUCUGGCUCUACUGAGACAGAGAAUCUCCACGGCGCUCUAAUAAUUUAUUCUACCCAACAAAUGCUAUGGGCUAAUUCUAAGACAGAAAGUAUGUCACCAUAUAAAUGUGAUCAAACUAAACUAUUUGUUCUCCAUCCUUCACAAUCACAAAUAUCUCAAAUAGAUGAAAUAGAAAGUCUGUAUCCAAUCAAUAAAAAUCAAAUAUUCUUAUACAAUGACCAUUUCUUGGGAUCUUUUCAAAGUGCAAUAUCCCAGAGUUAUUUGAGCCCAUUUAAACAUUUUACCACAAAUGAGAGACCAUUUUCUGAUUUGAAGUUCUCUCUAUCAGGAAAUACUUUUGCCUCAGUGAAUGAUCCAGCUUCUUCCACUUUUAGAAGACCUAUUACUAAUUCAUUGGAAUCUAAUUCAUUACAUCAGCCAAAAUUUAUCAAACUAACCAUAUCUCAGUUGAUCUCAGCUUAUUUUGAUGAAUCUCAAAUACAUUUUGAUAGUAAAGAGCUUUUAUAUAUGGCAACUGCUGCUGCCAUUUCUGAAAUACCUCAACAACAAGCAAAAUGGUUAAGCAACUCUUUCAAUUUUCAGAAAUCUUUUCACAAUAAUUUGUAUCAGUCUAUCAUACCAAUGUCUCAUUUUAACGAUAAUCAAUCAUUACUACCAUCAUUAAAGUCUGAAAUUUGGGAUGUAUCUAAUGAAUUUUGGAAAUCAAAACUUGAGCCAGUGAUAAUGAAAUCACCUGAAGCUAAUCUUUUUGGCUCUAAUAGUGAUAAUUUAGUUCCAACUUUGAGACAUCGAACAACAGAUAUUGUAAAUCCUACCCAGAGCAUGUUACAAUAUUUCUUGGAGAAUUUGUAUACAGAAUCUAUGACAAUAGAUGAAUUUGAUACAAAAGAAUCUCCUCACUUAUCAAAUACAGAAAUAUUGGAACCAUCUGAGGCUGUGAGUUUAGUUAAUGUUGAGGACCUUUUAUUGAGGACCUUACAAAAUAUUUUCCCAUCAUUUGUGUCUUUAGGAAAAACUAAUACAGACACUUCCUUUACUUCAUCUUCAGAAGAAUUAUUUCAUUUACUAAAUUCAGGUCUUUCAUUUCAUACUCAACCUUCUCACAGCAUGGAACUUUUACAACCAUCUACUCACACAUACAUUCCUAUUACUGAUUUAUCUGAACUAUCUUUAGCUUCUUCACAGAUUCAAAUGCCAUUAAGUUUUCAAAGUCCAGUUAAUUUUGAUCUUAUGAACAAAUUUUCUUCACCUAAUAUGAUCUUUUACUCAGAUUCUGAACAAAUAUUGCAAACCUCUCCUGAAAAUUUCCAACCAUCUCUUACUAUGACCAAAUCAAAUGUCUUCAGUGAGGGGCAUGAUAGUUAUGUUUAUGAUAGCUUACGCUCAAAAUUGGAAAUUAUUACAGCACCAAAAGAUUCAUUUGAUAAAACUCAGAGUUAUUCCAAUCAUGUUAUUUCCAGCCAUAUUCCAGAAUUAAUUGAUUCAUAUUCAAGUUCUUCAACUUUAGAAAUACCUGAAAAUAUUUAUUUCUCUAAGUCUUUAUUACCUCUAACAUCAUUGAAGAACUUAAUUAGUACAUCAUUAACUCCUGAAGUAAUUUAUUCAAAUCCUUUUCUGCCUAAUUCCAUUCAGUUUGAUGAUCCAAAAUUUUCACUAUAUUCUCUUGAAAUAAUUGAAAUAUCUUCUAUGAUUGAUCAGUUUACACAAGAAUUGCCAUUGAUUACGCCUCCAGUUUUUGGAAAUACCAUAGAAUCAAAUUUCAAAUAUUCUCCAACAACAUCUACUUCCUCACAAAGUUCAGAUUUCAUUAGUUCCACAGAAAAUGGAAAUACUUCCAUAUUGGCAUCAUCCUACUCCAGUAAUUCAGUGAAUCCUGUUUAUGAUUCUUCAAUGAUAAAUGUUGCUGUCACCAAUUUUACCAUGCAUAAUAGUUUGGUAUCAACCUUACAUUCUGACAUUGACUAUCAACUGGAAUCUAUAUAUUCAUCAUCAGAAUCUGUUUAUCUAUAUUCGUCUCAGAUACCACUGUUUGUGUUGUCAAGUUUUAUUAGUGAAGAUAAAGAAUCAAACCAUUUAAUUCCAGAAUUUAGUUAUCUGUAUUCAUCUCAGACAUCUAUGCUUGUAUCAUCAAGUUUUAUUAGUAAAGAUAAUUCAAACCCGAAAUCUUCCUCAAAUAUAUCUAAUUCUAGUUUAUUCACUUCAAGUAAUUUAACACUUUCAUCCAAACAAAUGGCAACUUUGUUGAUAUCAAAUUAUACUUUAGCAUCAAUUAAUACCAAUACUUCAACAAAACAGGAGUCAUUGAAUAAUAAUAACUCUGAAACAAAGAGAAUUUCAAAUCUUUUGACUGCUACAGAAAGUAGUUCCAUGCAAAAAACUGAAUUUUAUGUUUCUACUUCAUCUGUAUUGGAAAUGUCUUCUCGAAACAUGCAGCUCAACAACAGCCUUUAUUUUCAACAUUUUUGGAUUGUUACAAUCAUUAAAGUUAGAAGCGAUAUCGAUGUAAAUUCAUUUGAAUUCAAACAUGGCAUGGAAGAACGUUUAGCCAGAAGUUAUGUUGAAGCAUACAAAAGAGGUGAACACAUCCUGAAUGGAACUUACCGUCCUCUUCGGAAAAAACGUUUUGCUGUUGUAAAAGACAUUGCUUUACAGAUAAUGAAAAUUGUGCACUUUAAUCACGGAACCUCCCAAAAUGUAAGUUUGGUGUAUUAUAUGGAGAAAAAUGGCAGACCAGUUCCAGCUAAGGAUGCCAUAAAACACAUGAAUCUUAUUCAACUUCAAGAACUUGCUAUUUAUCUCAAUCACGUUGUUGUUCUUAGAGCAGAAGCCUACCUGAAAACUCCUGAUGGAAAAUAUACUGAGAACUGGAUCAUUGGAGUUGUUCUUGGAUCGGUUGCUGUAGUUCUCCUUUUCAUGUGGUGUGUUCUGUUUAUCUUCUUUAAAUGCUUCCGACACCCACCUCUGAAGAUUCAAGAAGUAAAACCUAUCAACUCCUGUCUUGCUUCUUCAUUACAGGAAAUCAAAUGCAACCCAGAAUUGGUGCCAGAGGAUUUAAUAUCAAAGAAAGAAAACCAAAGAUCUCUUGAGGAAAGAGACAGCCUAAAGAACCAGAAUGAAAUUGAGAAACAUUAUGUGAAAAUUCCACUUGAAGAAAUGUCAAAGCCAAAGAAUAUCAAGAAAAGUUCCAAUAAAAAAUCUUGUAAAAUAGUUUCUGAAGAACAAGAGGUACCAGUUAAAAAUAAAAAGCUAAAGGCAAAGUUGGCCCAGUCUGUUGGUUCAACAAAAGAUUAUGAUGAGAAACCACUAAAAUUUGGAAAUUUUGAUCAGAAUAUGGAAAAGUCAAAAAACAAUGAAGACGUUUCUUCCUCAUGUUAUGUGAAUUUACCUCCAAUACCAUCCCAUAUCAGUUUAGUAGCCACAAAACCAAAGUUUGACAAAGCUUGUUGUGAAAGAAGACAGAAUCUGCAACAACAAGAACUGCAGAUGCAACAAGAUUUAUCUCCAAAUGAAUUAUAUAUUAAUCUGAAUGCUGAGUGUGAAGAGAUUGGCUGUGCAGAAUGUAACAGAAGCAAUUACACUAGGAAAAAUAAAAGAAAAGUGUUUAAACAAAGAAAAUGCAACCUCAGGCAUGCUUCUGAUGUGAACUCUUUCAAAGAAAGCAGUUUAAAUGAACUGUAUGAUGAUGAUAAACUAUGGAGGAGACAACCUGACACUUUACAACAAACAUGUGUUAAAAUGCAUAACUUAUUAGAUGAUGCUUUCCAGUUAAUUAGUAUGAAUUUGCCACAACAAAACUUAAAGAAUAUAUCUUCUGGUGAUCAGUCUAAUUUCCCAAGAAGAAAUAUUAAUGAGAAGCAAAGGUGUCAACACCAUAAAAAGUCAAUUACAGAACAAGUUUUAAUUAAUAGGAAACCAUUUAUGUCACAAUCUUUUCAUGAACCAAAUCAUGAGAUGCAACAUGUUCCAAAGUACUCCCAGUAUCAGCAAUGUAAGUGUGCUCCUCAACUUGGUUAUUCUAGAUAUAAUAUUUCUCCUUCGUGGAACAAAGCAGGAGAUGAACUGAGCAAAAUUUCUUCUGAUGAAGCUUGGAUACCUUUUAUGGCCCCAAAUAAAGACUGUUUUGAUCAUAAACAUUCUGAAAAACCUUUGAUGCAUUCUACUCAGCAUUUCCCAGAGAAUCAUAAAGAAAAAAAUCUCAUACCUGGCAUCAAUAAUUUCUGUUGUAGUACCCAAAGUUCCACUUAUUACUUCCCUCACUUGUCUAACUCAACUUCAUAUUCUGCUGCCAGACAUCAGUUAUGUCCUCAUAGACAAGUUGCAACGAGUCUAGACAUCUCAACAAAUCAAUUAAGAACUAUUGGCUCUAAAAUACCAAACUUUUCUUCUAAGAACAGUAAUAAAAUUAGCACUGUUCAACAAUUUUCCAGAUUCUCUCCACAGACUUCCAGUUCUAAUCAAUCAUUCUUACGACAAAAGAUAUCACAGAAAGCUACAGAUGAUGAAAUUGAUGCUAUUUAUAAGAACAUCAAGCCAAACACCUCACAACCUCUCAUUCAGUCAAUCAGAGAAGAAUUAAUGACAGCAUCUGCCUAUAAUAAUGAAAUUAAUUCUUUCAAUAUUCUUGAAUAAAUUCAAAUCAAGAGGAAGAAACUAAAAAAAAAAAUUAAAUGUUUCUGGAUAUUAUUCUCUGAAAUGCAUUUCCUAAUUGGACAGGUGCAUUAUUUCUUUUGUAUGCCGGACCAGAGUAAGUUAAGUUUAAAAUACCAAGAUUUCAUGAGAUCUGAUAUCAAAAGAAUUUGCAUUCAGUUACUGAGAGAACCUUUGAUGGGGGAGGGUCACUUAACCCACUGAAAAUAGUAACCACAUCUAUCUAUAUUUGCACUAUAGUCUUAAAAGAUGAAAUACACUUUGAUUAAUAGAGUCUUGAAUUCACUGUUUGAAUAAAACAUGAUGGUUGUUGGUGGAAUGUUUUUAAACAUAGUUCUAUUGUGUCAGGGCUGACCUGAGGAGAAUUUAUUGUUAUUCGUGUAUUUUAUCACUUAGUGAGGAAGGGAAAUGCAGCCUCCCUGAUCCUUUAUGUUUUCAGUCUCCAAGACUGGUGGUAAUAAGGGAGGAAGAUGUCCCUAAAUAGGAGACCUAGCCUGGACACUUACAACAGAAUGGACUCUACUGAAAGUGCCCAAGGACAAGAGUGGUAUUACCCCAAAUGAGAGAUAAACCCUUUAGCAUUUAGGUUACUCUGUCAAAUGUAAUGCCUAUUUAUUCACAUUGAAUUAAUCAUACAUAGCUUUGAGAUUUAAUAGUAAAGGUUGUUUGUCCAGUAACCAAUCUGAAGAACAAAUGGAAUAUUUUACAAGGAAUAUGUGAAUAUGAUUGUUAAACAGUGUGUUAAAAUUUAAAUUCUUUCUCUGUAAUGAUGAAUAUUUAGAAAAUUAUUUAAAGAAUUUAAUAAAUAUUUAGUUGUUUAAUUAACUUCCUUUUGUUCAUUUGAAAAUUUGAUAGGAACAUACUGAGUUUUAAUGUUUUGUUAUCUGGAAUCAUAUUUAAUGUUUGUAGUAAGCAAAUACACUGUACAUGAAGUUCUUGCCCUCUUGAAACCACAAUCAAUGCAUGAUCUCGGCAUUGACAAAAGUAAUAAUGCAUCCUUCCAAGUUGGUAAUAAAAUGUCUAUAAGAUGACUGGCCUGAUGGAUUCUUAGAACUUUCAGAACAAGAGAGCAGGAAACCACAAUGGCCCUCAAAAUCAUUUUGACUGUUGCUCUCAACUAGGUCACCACAUAGUAUAAAAUUAAUUGUGGAACUUGAGGGUAUUCAGCAAAGUUUCACAAAGAAGAUAACCUCAAUGCAGCAGAUUAGCUACAAGAUUUCACAGCUCUAGCAUCACUCCUUUAUAGUCAGCCUGUGAACUUUUCACCUCACCCUUGUAAUAUGCACUAUAAAAACAGUGCAUUAAACUAAUGAAAUAAACACCUAUUCUCUCACUUCA